AUGCGAGCAGUCGCGCUUCUUGGGCUGCUUUGCUUGCAGCUUGCACUACCCGUGAUAGCUAUUCGUGUUACGUCGUGCCAGAAAGACAACCUGGCCUGGCGUAAGCGACCAGACACUGGUGACGACUACUUUCAUCCGGACUCAGGUGUCGUCACGGGCACGGAUCCACCACCUCCGCCAAACCCGCGCCCACGCCCACGCCCACGCCCGCCUCCGCCACUACCGCAGCCACCUCGGCCACCCCCAGGGGUCCAAACAGCCAGUGAUGAGCUGUGGGAUAAGGCUGGAGCAAAAGGAUGUACUCUUGGGUGGGGAAUGCAAGCUCAGGACCAUGACGCAGGGGCCUUGUACGUACCCGAAAGAGACUCGGCGAGAAGUCUGUACAAGGGCACUUCCGAUCUCCAGAAGUGGUACUGGCACAUAUUCCCUGACAACAAGUUGAAGGAGUCCUUCCAUGAUUUGUACGCAACUUGGGGCGUUGGUUGGGUCCUCAAAGACCUGGGUAUCAGCGAUUACACGAACGAGUACAAAAGCGGCAGGAACAACUUGCUCAACAUUGCUCACCAAAGCUACGAAGACAAAGCACUGCCCUUGGAACAGCAAUGGUACGAUAUCGACGAAGAAUGGUACCCAGCCACCGGAGCCUCUUUCUCUUUCACCAUAAAUCCGGACGAAGGCAUCAUCAUCAGCCUGAACCGCGAGUCACCCAAGUGGGCGGUGAAGGACCGCAGCCCACCAGUUCCUGACAGUUAUCUACCGAAACUCAACCAGUUCUCGGAUGUUGCGUGGAUUACUUGGGCGGCGAUGCACAAGCCUCCUUGGUCCCAGGAAACGAGACUGAACAACAUAAAGUACUUCAUGUCAGUGAGCAUAACGAACGUCGAGACGCAGCAGAUUCUCAAGAGGGCACUGGAAGCGAAUCAUUGGCAUUUGAGCUCACCCAACGUCCAGGGAUUCGCGUACUUCCUCAUCCAACACAAGGCUGAGCUUGGCAGCAUGUUCAUCGAACAGAUCCAGGUUUUCCAAGGAGAGACUAAAGCCGAACUACCGUGUAUAUUGAUGCACGUGAAGCAGCCGCUGGGUCAAUCUGCGGGGGUGAAGCGGAGAGAGGCAGGGCCAAACAUGACUUCAGAGGUACAGUGGCACGACGAUGGCAAACACAUACUGCGCGUGCAUACGUUCCGUGCAAACCUGUAG